GGUUGCUGCCCGGUCGUUUCCGGUGGAGCCGCCGCGGAGCCGCUAUCGCAGAGUAGAGCGGAGCUGGGAGGGAAGCGCCAGGACAGCUCAGUCGGCCGUAUCCUCGCACCCACUGCCCCGUGUCCGCCGCUGCCCGUCCCCAGGAAGCCAUGGCGUCCGGCACCGCCAGCGACGAGGAGCGCAGCCUCCGCGAGUGCGAGCUCUACGUGCAGAAGCACAACAUCCAGGCGCUGCUCAAGGAUUCCAUCGUGCAGCUGUGCACCGCGCGGCCCGAGAGGCCCAUGGCCUUCCUCAGGGAGUACUUCGAGAGGCUGGAGAAGGAGGAGGCAAAACAGAUUCAGAAUCUGCAGAAAGCGAGCACCCGUGCAGAUUCGAGGGAGGACGAGAUCUCUCCUCCUCCCCCCAACCCAGUGGUGAAGGGCCGGCGGCGACGAGGCGCCAUCAGCGCCGAAGUCUACACGGAGGAAGAUGCCGCGUCAUAUGUCAGAAAGGUGAUUCCGAAAGAUUAUAAGACAAUGGCUGCUUUAGCCAAAGCCAUCGAGAAGAAUGUGCUCUUUUCCCAUCUUGAUGACAACGAGAGAAGUGAUAUUUUUGAUGCCAUGUUUCCGGUUUCCUUUAUUGCUGGAGAGACCGUUAUUCAGCAAGGUGAUGAAGGGGACAACUUCUAUGUGAUUGAUCAAGGAGAGAUGGAUGUCUACGUCAACAACGAGUGGGCAACCAGUGUUGGGGAAGGAGGGAGCUUUGGGGAACUCGCUCUGAUCUACGGAACGCCGAGAGCAGCCACUGUCAAAGCAAAGACGAAUGUGAAGUUGUGGGGUAUUGACCGAGACAGCUACAGACGAAUCCUCAUGGGAAGCACGCUGAGAAAGCGGAAGAUGUAUGAGGAGUUUCUUAGUAAAGUGUCUAUUUUAGAGUCUCUGGACAAGUGGGAACGUCUCACAGUAGCCGAUGCGUUGGAACCUGUGCAGUUUGAAGACGGGCAGAAGAUUGUGGUGCAGGGGGAGCCCGGGGACGAGUUCUUCAUUAUUUUAGAGGGUUCAGCUGCUGUGCUGCAGCGCCGGUCAGAAAACGAAGAGUUUGUCGAAGUGGGGAGAUUGGGGCCUUCUGACUACUUUGGUGAGAUCGCGCUCCUGAUGAACCGGCCCCGCGCUGCCACGGUGGUCGCCCGCGGCCCUUUGAAGUGUGUGAAGCUGGACCGACCCAGGUUCGAGCGUGUCCUCGGCCCGUGCUCGGACAUCCUCAAGCGGAACAUCCAGCAGUACAACAGCUUUGUGUCGCUGUCCGUCUGAGACCCGCCCCCGGGCCGCCCUGUCGCCCCGUCCCCGGUCCGUGCUUCCCUCCCGCAGACGGCUUCCCCCUCCCGGCAGCACGGCGGCUUCUCGUCUGUUUAUAUUAAAAGUCGCUUUUACUGCACCGUUUUUCAUUUGGAGCGUUGACCGAAUGCCCCUCCACAGUUAAAUAAAUAGAGUUCCGUGGAGACCUUGCUGUUCCCGCUUCUCUCUGCGCAGUGUUUGGGCCCAGCCCGGGCGGCGCGCCCUUGCUUUCGGGGCCCUGCUGCCGGACGGCCACAGAGCAGUGGGGCGACGGUGCAAGGGGCUUUCCUUUCUAAGUGACACGACUUUCCAGUUACCAUAAGCAUCUUUCAGACUGGCCAUAUAUGCUGUACUUCUUUGUAGAAUACGUGAUUUCUCACUGAGCUCUGAGGACUAGGAGAAACAGAUCUAGAAAAAUCUUAGUGUAGUAGAAAGACAUCAGCCUGUACUUCAGCUGGCUUAAGGGUGGGAAAAUGCCCAUUUUUUUGCUAAUUAUUGGAUGGACAUGAUCUGUUGAGUUGUUCUUUUUUUUUCCUUUUAAUCAGAAUUUUUGUCAGGCUCAUUCGCCUGGUUUUGUUUGUGUCUCGUUAGUGUUUCCCGGUUCUGACCCGUGUUGAUGCGGCUCUCUCUGCCUGCCUUCCGAGUUUGAAACCAGACUAGGCUGCAAGUGCUGAGUUACGGAUGAACUACAUCUGCCUCAGCUCAGAAGUCCUGAUCAGACCUUUAUUUACCCAGCUAGUGCCAAAUAUUGAUCACCAGAUGCUGAAUCGGGGUUAAGAGUGUGAGGUCGACGCUCUUGGCUGUUAACGUAGGGCUUUUGGCUACAUGUACGUCCUUCAGCCGACCCGGGGACUCUCUCCUGUGCUCCUUGAGCACUGACUCCAGGAGCCCGAGUCCGCUGGGCCUGGAGCAGGUGGAACAGCUGUCCUGACAGGAAACUGGAGGCGAGGUCGGUAAAGGGAGAAAUGCCAGGGGAACAAAGUUCAGUGUUGGGGACACAGUCCCGCUGGAUCCACUGGGGCACGAGAUUCGGGAAGAAGUGUUUUUACUUUGGUUUUCUCUUUCUCCCUUCUUUUUAUGUCACCUAGAAUUUGGGGGUGAGGGGGUGGGGGGGGUGUCUCUGUUCUUUCAGGUUGAGAGGUUACGCUUUUCUGUUUAGCAUUUAUUUCUCUGGCAAAUGUUUUUGGUUUUUUAAAGUAAACUUGUGUCUUGAGUCUUAAGUGUAUUUCAGUCUUUUCCAGCCUUACCCUCCCCGUGUUCCAUUAUUCCAUGUGCAUCAACGAUACCCAACGGUUCGUUUUUAUUGUUAUUUUUUUUAAACAAAAUUUCACAGUUCUGUAACGUCAGCCACUUUUAUUUUCAUUGUGAUUUAUAUAUAACGUAUGGUUCUAUUUGGGAGUGACUGUAAGCAUUUUUCCAUCUGUGUGCAACUGGCUCCGAUUAUCAGUCCCCUCUGCAGCCCUUUCCCGGGGAGUUUAAAUUGGUCACGGUAGGUUUGGUUCCUAGAUUUGAACAGUCUUCAGGUUGUUACUAAGUGUGGAGUGUAAAUCUGGGAAAGCGGUUUUAUUUACAUUUUAGUGUGAUAGAAGGCCACCAUAUGACCAUAUUUUUUAUUUUUCAAAAUGAUCUGUGGUAAAUGAGGGUUUUCUGCUCUGUACUUUGUGUUUAGCUACCUUUUCUAUUUAAAAAAAUGGAAAAUAAAAGUUACGUUCUUACUAGCUUAAAGCUUGAUUUAAUCUUUGUUUAAAUGCCAAAACUGUACUUAACUGAAUUAUUUAGAAUGCCAUGAAUUUGCACAGUUUCAUAUAUGUAUGUAAUCAUGUUCAUGUAUAUUUAGAUACAUAGGAUGCUUUCUAAAUGAGUUUUGCUCUUAAAUCAUUUGGCUUGCUGUUUACUCCCGUUUGUAGUUCUUAACCUAAGGCAUUUUAAGUCUAAAUUGAAAAAUUAUCACAUUUAAAGCUUUCUCUCUGUGCAGUCUGACUAUAUGUGAGAAAUCACAAUUGGCAUAAUUUGUCUUAGUUGAUAUUCAGGGCUUUAGAAGUCAUUAUUUCUGGGCGUGGUUAAGUGAAUUUAAGAGAUGUACUGCUCUAGAAGGUGUAGAUGGCCAAAGGACCAUUUUGUACUGUUUCCUGGAUACUAGUCCGGUUAUACUGUGUGUGCUGAUAUACUCUCUUCUUUUUGUUAUAGAUUGUCUUAAUGGUAGGUCAAGUAAUAAAAAAAAGAUGAAAUAAUUUA